AUGGCUAACAGCAUUGGAGCAGUUGAAGAUCAAGGAGCAACUUCUGAAAUCCUUAGUUUACCUGAAACACAGCAAAUCCACUUGGGCUCCCAACUUGGAACAUCACUCCAAACAAGUGUGAUUCACAAUCGUACCUACCCAGGGGCAGGUUUCAAUAUUCUGCCGCCAGAAGCAAUGGAUUCAAUGCUCAGACGCCAAGAACUGAUUCACAAGCAGAAUCUGGUUAGGCUGGAGGUGGAUGCAUUACUCCAUCAGGAGGUGCUGGAGAACGCUCAUCGAAAAGGACCAUUGAGAGUGGAAGUGCCUUUCCUUUGUCCUGGCAUUUCAACAGAUGCCAAUGCACAUCACAACAUAUACAGGCUACCCAAAGGUCAACAAACCAGUGAAGCAUUCCUCCAUCAAAAUGCAUUGGGCAACGUUAGUGUCGAUAAUAGCCUGUUGGUAACAUCCAAUCCAUAUCCUCUGAUGAAUACAUUGUGCAGAGAUAGGAAUCAGAGAGGCAUAAAAAGGGUGGCCACUCAGAAGAAUGCAGAUGAUAAUUAUAGUAGAUCCAAAGGACACAUAGAAGACAGGAAGCUGAACUGCACCUCAGUAACAACAGUGGAAGGAAAGGAAAUUGGAUGCGAAAAUGAGUCAAAGUCUGGUCUUUCAGCUAACCCAAACCAAAACAAAAUUGACACAAACUUACUAUGCCCUUUUGGAUUAAUUAGUGGUUAUAAAGAGAGUGAGCAAAGAUUGAGAGAACAUGGCAGUAGCAAUGAGAAAUUAUUAGAGACAGACAAUGGUAAUACUUCUUACACUGGAACUGAGAAGGAUAUGCUCAAAAGCUCAGGACCCCAUACUGUCGUCUUACCAGAAGACGAUGAAAACAUUCAGAAGUGAACAGUGGAUGAUGUUUACAAGUUUGUCAGCUUCUUGCCAAGUUGCUCAGAUUAUGCUCAAACCUUCAAAGAUCAUGCUGUUGAUGGGGUGACUCUUCUUCUUCUCAUUGAAGGACAUCUUCUGGAUACAAUGGGUCUGAAGAUGGGUCCAGCUUUAAAAAUCCAAUCCCAGGUGUCUCGACGUGUGGGGAAUGUAUUGUAUGUGAUGAACUCUGCGGUCUCUGCACCCCUGCAAAGUGCUUUUGGUGAAACGGUCAAUCAGACGUCAGAUGGAAUUUCACCCAUAGCAUCUGCUGGAGGUGAUGACCUGCGGAGAAGUCCAGGUCGACGAGACCAGGAGAAAUUCAAGGCUUCGGAACAAAGUACAGUGGAAACACCAGACAAAACACCUGAUGAACAACGUCAUUUACAGGCUUCUGAGACCAUCUAG